AUGUGGUCUCGAGAUACUCGAGGCUCAUACCCACGUUCCCCUUCUUCUUUGUCUGCGCGAAAGAAUGUAGACGAGGACGAUGCGGAUAGGGAAGCGCUCCUGCCUGCUGCCGAUGGCGUCGAGCACGAGAGAGAUGCGAUUAGCGAACACACUUUGGUCAAUCCAGCAGCUGGCACGCGCGAGACCAGCUUAGGCAAUCCUCAAGAGCCAGUAUCAGCUCCAUCGUUUCCACAAGCUCAGGCAAGAGAUGCAUAUGGCGCGGAGCUCACUCCCGAAUGGGCAGCUCUCUCUUCCAUGCAGAGGUCUAGCGUGUAUGGGGCCUUUGUGGUCCUAGGCGCAGCUGUGCUUUUGCCAUUGUGAGUGCUUAUUCAGCCUUUUACAGAGCUAGUAGCAAGGGGAACGCACUUAGCCCUAGCGGCGCAUAUGAUAGCUGAUCCGGUUGCCGUUUCUGCCCGUCCAUUCUCCCCUCACGAUGUUGCACGCAGCAAUGCAUUGAUUACACCUUCGGAAUACUAUCGAGGCCUCUUUGCGGCCACGACGCACUCGGACAACUUCAUGUCGUACAUCAUCUCCAUUUACAAUGUGGCCACGAUCAUUUUUGGAGCUCACGCAACAGCAAGUGUUGUACGCGUCUCGCCAUAUCGACGCACAGUCUGGUCCAGUGUAGUCGUGUUUAUCACCCUAUCGCUGAUCACUGUUUGGAUCGGCGGAUCCGCCGCAGAAGCUCAGACAAAGUCAGACAGAGCUGGGACAGAGACGUCCUUCUGGACCCUCAUGCUCAUCACAGCUGUAUUGGCCAUCGCGACAGCAUACUUGCAGAAUGCCGUGGUUGCAAUGUCGUCCCUCUUUGGCGGCAAAGCGAUGGGCGCCAUGUUGGCUGGUCAAGGCUUUGUUGUGAGUCGGCAAGCUGGCACCAGGCUCGAAUUUCUUGCGAGCUAAUUGAUACACUCCGCGAGUCCCUGUGAAGGCCGCAGCUGUAUCGCUCAUCCAGCUUCUUGCAACUGUCAGCAGCGUUCGAUCGAGCCAAGCUGCACUUGCUCUGGGAAAGCAACCAGAACCGGCAUUUGCUUCAGCUCGAGCUUCGGCACUCAUUUUCUACAUCUGGACGUGCGCAUUCAUGCUGCUCACUCUACUCGUUCUGGAGGUUCUCAGCCGCUCAGCUCUGUACCGAGUUGUUACAGCUCAACACGGUCGCAGCGGCAACGCUCUCAGCUCGGAUCCUUCGCCAGCGACCACUCCCGAGCUUGCGGACCCAAGGGCGAAGGGCUGGGAGUCUGGUGCAGGCCUUGCACGAUUCAUCCCUAGCAAGUGGAGGACAACUGCGGCCAGUCUCAGGGCUGUCCAGAGCCAGCUCGUCGCACUGAGCGUAGCGAUUGCUUGGUGUUUCACAGUCACGCUGGCAUUGUUUCCUGCGCUUACGAGUCGCGUCAGGCCAUGGCCGAGAGAUGCAGGUGGUAGUCCCUCGGAAUCAGAGCCGCUAUGGAGAGGUGAGUAUUGAGCACUCCGUGCCGUGUCAGCCAAAUCAACACACUGCUGACCCUCGAUCAUCUCAAACCCACAGAUCCUCUGAUCUUUGUGGCCCUGCAUUACUUGGUCUUCAACGCUUCCGACCUGCUGGGCCGACUCUUGCCUUCAUUGUUGCCUAAAGCUUUCUUGCUGGAGAGCCGACGAGCCAUCAUUUUCUGGGCAGGCAUGAGGGAAGGUUUCUUGGGCAUGAUGCCCAUGUGCAACGUGAGCCGUCAAGGAGCCACAAAACCAGCAGGGGCCACCUCAGCGUCGCUGGCUCUGCCGGCAUCAGGUCGAAUCGGCUCGAUUGCUAGCCUUGCGAUUCGCGCAGCCACUACAGCCGCUGCGAGCACUGCGGCUUCAGACGACGGACUCUGGGCUGCAGUCGCUAGAGAAAGAAGGCCGAGGCUGGGAGACGCGACCUUUUUCGUACUUGUCCUGCUGCUCGGAUUGUCCAACGGUAUCCUGAGCACCUCUAUCAUGAUCGUAGGACCACGUCGAGAAGGAGUCAAAGAUCACGAGCGAGCGUGAGUGGAUGAGCCUAGUAUCAGACACCGAUGAUGCGUCCGUUCUGCGCAAAGCGACUGACAAGCACAUUACGCCGUCUGAUUCCGCUCCAUGAACAGACUAGCAGGUACGAUCCUGGCUUUCUGGCUCACUAUCGGUUUGGCAGCGGGCUCGUUUGCAAGCUUCAUUUGGUCGUAA